GAGUCAGCGGGCCGGAGAGCUCGGCGGCCACCCUCGGCUCGGCUCGUGGAUGUUGACCGCCCCCUCGGAGAGUCCCCGCAGAUAUGGCGGAGAGCUGGCUACGCCUCUCGGGAGCAGGGGCGGCGGAGGAGGCCGGACUGGAGGGCGGCCUGGAGGAGCCCGACGCCCUGGAUGACAGCCUGACCAGCCUGCAGUGGCUGCAGGAAUUCUCGAUUCUCAACGCCAAGGCCCCCGCCCUGCCUUCGGGGGGCACCGACCCCCACGGCUACCACCAGGUGCCAGGCUCGACGGCGCCCGGGUCUCCCCUGGCAGCCGAUCCCGCCUGCCUGGGGCAGCCGCACACGCCCGGCAAGCCCACGUCCUCGUGCACGUCGCGGAGCGCGCCCCCGGGGCUGCAGGCCCCGCCUCCCGAGGACGUGGACUACGCCACCAACCCGCACGUGAAGCCGCCCUACUCCUACGCCACGCUCAUCUGCAUGGCUAUGCAGGCCAGCAAGGCCACCAAGAUCACCCUGUCGGCUAUCUACAAGUGGAUCACGGACAACUUCUGCUACUUCCGCCAUGCUGAUCCCACCUGGCAGAAUUCCAUCCGCCACAACCUAUCCCUGAACAAGUGCUUCAUCAAGGUGCCUCGGGAGAAGGACGAGCCGGGCAAGGGGGGCUUCUGGCGUAUCGACCCCCAGUACGCCGAGCGGCUGCUGAAUGGGGCCUUCAAGAAGCGGCGGCUGCCCCCGGUCCACAUCCACCCGGCCUUCGCCCGCCAGGCCGCGCCGGAGCCCAGCGCCGCCCCGUGGGCCGGGCCGCUGACCGUGAACACCGAGGCCCAGCAGCUGCUGCGGGAGUUCGAGGAGGCCACCGGGGAGGCGGGCUGGGGCGCGGGCGAGGGCAGGCUCGGGCAUAAGCGCAAACAGCCGCUGCCCAAGCGGGUGGCCAAGGUCCCACGGCCCUCCAGCACCCUGCUGCUGACCCAGGAGGAGCAGGGCGAGCUGGAACCCCUCAAGGGCAACUUUGACUGGGAGGCCAUCUUCGAUGCCGGCACGCUGGGCGGGGAGCUGGGCACCCUGGAGGCCCUGGAGCUGAGCCCACCGCUGAGCCCCGCCUCGCACGGGGACGUGGACCUCACCGUCCACGGCCACCACAUCGACUGCCCUGCUACCUGGGGGCCUCCGGGGGAGCAGGCUGCCGACAGCCUGGACUUCGACGAGACCUUCCUGGCCACAUCCUUCCUGCAGCACCCCUGGGACGAGAGUGGCAGCAGCUGCCUGCCCCCGGAGCCCCUCUUUGAGGCCGGGGAUGCCACCCUGGCCGCUGACCUGCAUGACUGGGCCAGCGUGGGCGCCUUCUUGUAAGAAGCCAGGCCCUGCCCCACCUCCGGACAGCCCCCAAGUCUGGGCCCAGACUGCCCCCCCAAUGCAGGCCCAUGGAAACCCUACCGCCCAGGCAGGGGCUGCGCCCGGUCUCCUGAGGCUGACCCCACGAGGCCACACAGCCCCCACCCCGGGCCGUCCUCAGAUUCCAGCCCAGGAGGCUGAGAACUGGGGCCCAGGACCAGAAUUGCUGCCUCCC